AUGGCUGCCGGUAUGAGCCUUUCCGUCUCAACAGACGCCAAAACCUUGAAGGAAAUCGCCGAGACCUUUACCAAGGUUACCGGCAAUAAGGCCGCUCACCAAGAUGUGCCUUUCGAGGAGUACGCAAAGAUGGCCGAACCCUACCUGGGUGCCUAUGUCAAAUGGUCCUUUGGCCCAGACGCUCCUUGCGACGACUCGGUUAUGACCUGGUCUGCAAACUUCUCGGCCUCGUGGAACUACUGGGGCGAGGGGAAACAUACGAGAGGAUACCGAACUUCUCGAUCGCAUUCACUCCGGGCGUAUCAAGAGCCUAGAGGAGUGGAUGAGGCUAAACAAGUACGACGGCAAGCACAAGCGUGUGCUGAAGAUGAAUGA